AUACGAGAAAAAAACUCAAACAGCUCUGCAGACUACAUUAAGACAAGAAUAUACAAAUUAGGUAACCUAACUUUAAUGUAUUCGCAGUGCAGACCUCGCCAUAUCGAAGUUUUGGUGUCGCAUCGUAUUCGCCAGACGUCAAUGUUGCCAGUAUACCGACUGCCCAAUACCUAGGUAUGCUCUGUUGCAACCAUGGUACUACCACCGCGUACAACGCCGCGCCUACCAACCAUUUCCAAGCAUAUCGACACCAGCGUAAAACCUAAAAACUCAGGGAUAUAAACUCCCUUGCUCUUGCCGAGAUCACUCUCCCUAUUUAACGAAAUUACUAUCUCUUAUUUCUCAUUAUAACUAAACUGUAUACGUACGAUGAGCGACUUACCUACGGAGAUAUGGGCUAUGGUGUUCGCAUAUUCCGACGAUACCGAACACCUCUGGCUUGCCUGCCGUCAUAUUUCCAGCACUCUGAAGGCUGCCGUCGAAAUAUACAUUAGCACCAUCUUCCUUCCAAACUUCGUCACGGUAGCUCUCGAAUAUCGGAGCGAAAACGAAUCGAAGAUUUCUUGCCAUGGACGGAUCUUUAAAGGAUACUCCCCAGACAAACAACAUGUCUGUUUCGACAUGACCUGUGCCGAAUGGCCACAUAUGCGCACGCAGCGAAUGCGUCUCAGCGUUACCAGACGGCCACUAGAACUGGCAGAGAAGCCGUGGCAGGUAUGGGUGGAGUCUAAAGGGCCGGGUUACGAUCGUGGUUUUUGCGCGAGACUUCUGGAUGGCCUCACUGCUAGUCCUUCGCAUAGUAAGGAGGGACUGCUCGACUUUGGACUCGACUCGGAAGACAAGAUCAUGUCCUUCGACUGGCGGGAGGUGAUGACAAAGAGCUUCAUAGAGAGUACCAAGUGGGACAAGCACUUUUUUGACAAACUAGUGUGACACGGUCGUGAUUCCAGGUUUCCCUAGUGGUAUUAGUGGGUGAGAUUGGGCUGUUCUGUCGGGAGUGGACUUGGAAAUGCCUGUGGGAUGCAAAUGAAGAAACAGGUCUGAUGUUUUGCGGGGAAAAAAAGGUGCUACUGCUAUUGCACAUAUCAAAUAG